UUUGGCGCAAUGGCGGUCCUGUGGAUGUUGUGCGGCCAAUGCAUAGCAGCUCCCGAAUUCUCAAGCAACGUCCACCACAGACUCCACAGUGGACCACUGUCUCGAAGGUACUCCUUCGAGGACCUCCUGGCCGAGGGCGAAGACAACACGGAGGUCGAUAAGAGACAACAGCUCGACGAUUACGGCCACAUGAGAUUUGGAAAACGCGACCAAUUCGACGACUAUGGCCACAUGAGAUUCGGCCGAGGACACGAGUAA